UAAAAGUCGCUAUAGCUCUACAGUAGCCUAGCCAACAAGGCUGGUAGAUUUCUGGAAUGAAUCGAACUAUUUUCUCAUCAUUUGUUUAAACCAGCUGCCGCGGAAGUUAUGCUACAUCACAUCUGGGGUUAUAGAUGCAAACUGGUCGCUGUACUUUUUAUUUGGAUAGGGCUUUCAGGUGAAGACAAACCCACAUAUAACGCUCACGCUCCGACCCACCCGGAGCACCCUGCACGCAGCUCUGUGGGGCUGGAGGAGGUGGUGAUAGUCAUCCAGAGUCAGAGGAACUCCUUUCACGCCCGACGCAGUUACCACAAAAAGGUGGAGAUUCUCCAGCAGGCAGCUGAACUGGAGCAGGGAGUUCCCGUUGUUCUCCUCCUUCACGAGCUGUCAGAUUACGAAAGAGACUGGAGUAUUCUUCCUGCACUUCCUCAGCUCUCUGCUGCUUACGGAGAAUCGACUUCCUGGUUUUUCUUUAUAGAAGAGGAAACUGCAGUUGCACUGCCUGCUCUGAUCAGAGUCCUUAACAGAUAUCCAGUCCUAGAGUCACAGGAAUGGUUUUUGGGAAAGCGUCUCCAUGACAACAAGGCCUCCAUCAUUCACCACUAUGCGUUCUCUGAAGACCCCAGUUUUUUUGGUUACCCGGAUCCUGCAGCUGGUUGGGCUCUGAGCACCCUUCUCUGUAAACGACUCUCUGAGCGGAUCCAGUAUGAGAAUCUCAAGUCAGAUUUCACAAUUGAUCUGACAUACGAGAUUGCCUUUUUUAUUUGGGAGGAAGGGAGAGGUCCAAAGCUGACAGCAGUCCCAGAAUUUUGUUCAGAGCCGAGAGACAACUGCGCCACCUCGUUCACGACCUACCUGCCCAGCUGCGGGGAUCCAGUCUCUAAAAACAAUGUAUUUGUUGCAGUAAAAACUUGUGAAAAAUUCCACAAAGAUCGAGUAUCGGUGGUGAAGGCAACCUGGGAGAAGGAUGCAGGGAUUUUAGAGUAUUAUAGUGAUGUCACUGACGCCGCCAUACCAACCCUUGACCUGGGAGUUCCCAAUACUGAGAGAGGGCAUUGUGGGAAAACGUUUGCUAUCUUGAAGCAUUUUCUGAGUAAAAACACACAGAAAGCUGACUGGCUGCUCAUUGUGGACGAUGAUACUCUCAUCAGUUUGCCUCGGCUGAGGCGACUGCUGCGCUGCUACGACCCAAAGGAAGCCGUGGUCCUGGGGGAGAGAUACGGCUAUGGCUUGGUUCACCACGGAUACAGCUACAUCACAGGAGGAGGAGGGAUGGUACUCAGCAGGCCGGCCGUGUCCCGGCUGCUUUCCAGCGGCUGCCGCUGCCACAGCGAUGAUGCUCCUGAUGACAUGGUGCUGGGCAGAUGCUUCACUUCCCUCAAUGUUCCCAUCACACACAGCCCACUGUUUCACCAGGCCCAGCCGGAUGACUACUCGGAAAUGAGAAUUUCCUCGCAGAAAACCAUCUCCUUCCACAAGCACUGGAAUAUAAAUCCUGUGACUGUUUACAUGAAUUGGCUUCAAGACACACACCAACAAGAUGAACUGUAGGAACAUUGUGCUAAAAGUUACUCUGCGGUUUCAUGACAAUCUUGUAAUUUCCAAGAUUUUUUACAGUCACAAGAAAUUAUUCCCUGAAAGAAAACUGUUGAAAGAGUGAAUAUUUGUGUCAAUGAAAAUCUAUGAAAGAUCAUUUAAAAAUCAAGAAGGUUUUUAAGAUUUUGUUGAUUCACCUGAGGCUUUUGGGGCUGUGUGUUUGAGGCAAUUGAAAAACCCUUCUGGGCUGUCACCUCACACACAUGCUAACACACACACAUUCAAGUCUGAUUCCAGUUAAAGAGGGAAAACCACCAUUGUCAUAUGAGGCAUUUGACUUGAUUAUGUUUCAGUUUCUGCGCAUUUUAUUGUGAUUGUGUUCAUCAACAGUAUCUAAAUGUAUCGCACAUUUCUACACUUUUAUAGACUAGAAAUCUGGACGAGUAGUAGCAGAAGCAAAAGGAUUUUGCUAUGCAGGUCAGUGUAGCCACGCGCCACUGGAGCCUCAGCAGGCCUGAAACAGUUGCGCGUCCUGCCAAUCACGGCACUCUACUGGUUUGGUGGGCCAAUCACAGCUCUCUAUUAAUUUUGUGAGCCAAUUACGGAGCUCUGUUGGUUUGUUGGGCCAAUCCCAACUCUCUGUUGGUUUAGUUGUCCAAUCACAGCGUUCUAUUGGUUUGGUGGGCCAGUCACAGCGCUCUAUUGGCUUGUUGGGCCAACCACUGUGCUCUAUUAUGGGCCAUUCCCAUCUGUACCGGGUCGGCCCAGGCCGGGUAGCCCCAGUCGGCCCCAGCCUGGCCCAGUUGAUUCCACACAUCCUUGCCUUAAGCCCAAGUGGGCUGAUUCUACCCACCAAUCAGAGGCUUGCUCUAAUGGAAGGUGUGAAUUUGCUGUCAGCAGUGGGUGUGUUGGCCCUGGUCGGCCUGAAGCAGACCUCCUCAAGAAGAGGGCUGAGAAUGAGCCUUGGUUGGCCCGGAAAAAUACCAGGCCACCCAGAUAUGUAAACAACCUACACUACCCGGCCCGGGCCGACCCGGUACAGAUGGGAAUGGCCCAUUAGAUUGGUGGGCCAAUCACAGCGCUCUUUUGGUUUCGUGGGCCAAUCACAGCGCUCUUUUGGUUUUGUGGCAUCAAAUUUGGAUUAGACUUGGACAUUUCUUUCUUAAGUCCCUUACUUAGAAAAAGGAUGGUGUGAACUGUUAUGGCAUGUUGUUCGUUGUCCAAUAACGUGGAGAAUGUUUGAAAGACAACCAUGGAUUCCGCCCCACCACUGAGCUCUCGGUAUGGGUCAUGAUCAGAUUAUAUGUUUACAUAUAUAGGAUGGCUUGCCAGGCUAGACCAAAUUUGCAACAGAGUGAAUAUUUUCACUCAGUUUAAAGUAAAGUAGUUUCUAACAAUUUCUGCUGCUGUCUUUCAUCAUUAUGGGAUUCCAGCUUCAGUCUGUGUGGCCUCUCUUUCCUUGUCGGCUUACCAUUGAGGGCUCAGGAUCAAACCCUCUCCUUUCCUUUCACCCUUUAGCUGAAUAAAUAAUUUUGUGAUUGCUACAGCUCUGGUUUUUAUGUAUGUUUCUUGGAAAGAGUUCCUGAAUACUUAUUUUUUAUUGGCUGGGUGAAGGCUGGCUGGAAAAUCAGAGAAAUAUGAUGUGAUGGAAGAAAAAGAGAAUGUGGGAAGGCGUUUGCUGCCAGGAAUGCUUGUAUAAGCUUGUCCUGGCUCUUUGUUGGAGGCGUGAACAUGCUGGUGGAAUUUCAUCAUUUUGAGGUUUGUUUGAUUAAAAAUUUCUGUGAAAAACACCGUCUGUCUGAUCAGACACUAAUAAAAUAUAUGCAAGUGUGAGCAAUCUUUGAUCCAGCCACUUAAGCUGUUAUUUAACUCACAACCUCUCUUUGAUGAUUAUUUUUGUUUUAAAUGAUAAUUAUCUUAAUUUAAUUGGAGACCGCACUUUAUGAGUUUUUAUCACAUAACACGAUUUUUUUUCCACUUUUUUCCUCAGCUUGUGUGUCUUUCAAUUUCCUGGUUUGCCACUUGUAUUGAGGCCGGAACUAUCUUAAUAUCAUGUCACUGUGACAUCUGUUGCUAUAGCAACAAGAACAUUGAAUACCCAUGGGAUUGUUUUUGAACCUUUAUGUGAUGCUCUACAUCCUUUGUCUUAAAUUCAAGUGAAUAGUUAAUUUAGAUGAGAACAUUUGCUCCAAUUUCCUUAAAAUCCACUCAUAAAUGAGUUUAAAUUGAGAUGAAAAGCUUGAGGCAGCACACGGGGAUCCCAAACUGGAAAGUUUGUUAUUUGGUUUUGUGUCACAGGACUCGGCUGCAGGGUUGCCAUGCAAUUCCACACUUAUCAUUACUCCUCUCUUUCAUUUCUGAGUGUAAGAUUAAAAUCUUAUAAAAAGUAAAAAAAAAAAAAACAGGGUUCAGUAUGUUCCCGCUGCACAAUUUCAUUCACACGCGUGCACAAACACUGCCAUCAUUAAUGCAGCGAGGCUUCACAAACAGCCUGUGUUAUCGUCAGGGGCAGAGGUAGCUUUCCGGUUCUCAAAGAAAACAGUUAGGUAGUCGCUGCUUGUUAUCCACAGCUCAGAGCUGCUCUUCCACUUUUCUUUGAGUUUUUAGCAGCGAUUGGUGAAUCGGUCUGGAGUUGGUAAAUGCACGACCAGUUUUUAUUGAAAGAAAGGCUAAAGGUGACUCUGGGAUUGUUCCCAAGGUUCCCCUGAAUAAACACAUUUUGAUUUUUAUGAUGUUAAAAUUUUCAGAAUCCUCACCUAGAGGACAUCAACAGAAUCACAUCAUCUGCAAAACAAAGCACAAAUAAAAAAUUUUCUGCUUUAAAGCAGUGGCGGUUUUACCAUUAGGCAUAGGUCGGUGGUCACCCCUUUGUGUUGGGGGGGCCCCCUAGCCCUGACCGCCGGCACCCCUCUGUUAAUGCCACAAUAUUCUUAUUACCAACCUGUCACCGCCGACGGGAUAGGACAUACGUAAUUCUCAUUGUCAUAAUUCCUGAACCGUUCAAGAUAUCUGUAAAAUUCCAAAGGUGCUGAAAAGAUAAAAAAUGGGGCUUUUUGUGCAUAUACAAUUAGCGAUGGGUACCAAAUUCGGUACUUUUUAAGGUACCGACCGAAUUCCAUAGUACCGACUGAGCACCGAUUCACGUCAUUUGAAACGGUGCCUCGUUUCAGUACCUGUCCUUCACAACGAGAACUUGCCUAGACAGCUGCACAUGCGCAAGAGAGUUAUGUCGUCGGUCGCUGCGAGCCAGUUGUAAACAGAGCAGCAUGGUAGAAAGAACGCACGCUAAAGCGUGGGUCCACUUCACUAAAUGUGAUGGACAACUGGGUGAUGAUCAAACCAGCGACAACGAUCUAAGUGAGACAUCCCCAUCUUGAUCUGCUCCGGUAGGUAAAUAAAAUGUUUAAGAUAACGUUAGCUUGAUAUGUUAGCUUCCGUUUUGCUAAUGGCGUGUUCGCUUUCUCCUCGGAACUCCGAAUUUCCGACUAGAAGAACAUGAAUGCGCUCUAAAGUUUGGCUUCACUUUACUAAAUGCGACGGGUGAUUGGGUGAAGAUUAAACCAGCGACAACGAUCUAAGUGUGAGGCAUCAUCGUUUUAAUCUGCUCCAGCAGCUAAAUAAACUGUUUAAGAUAACAUUAGCUUGAUAUGUUAGCUUCCUAUGCCACCAUUUGCUUUCUCCUCUGAAAUUCUAACUUCCCAGUAGGAAAAAUCAAAUGAAAAAGGACGGCAAAAGGAAUGAAGAUAAACAGUAAAUUUAGUUCACAGUAAAGAUGUUUGCUUCAGUUUAAUUAUCAGCUUAUAAAACUACAAGGACGAUGUUAAAAUACAAACUGUUGUAUGUUAUUUAUCGUGAUAUUUAUCAAAUACAGUUAUAUAUUGAGAAAAAUAUGUAUGUAAUUAUAAAAGAGAAUUAAAAUAUUAAACACUCAAAAGUAUUGAAAAUUGGUACCGUUAAGUACCGGUAUCGAUUCCUAGGUACCGGGAAUUAAAACCGAAUCGAUUCAAAUGUCAAAGGUACCCAUCCCUAUAAUACAAUACAUUACGGUAGCCUCCGGGAUUCCCUGUCUUGAGCGCAACGAAUCACAACACAGAUUAAGAGACGUGCUGAGUUUCUCAUCCAAAAUGCUACGUUUUAUAACUUCUGAAUGACUGAUCAGAUUCAAGAAAUUCCAACGGUUCCUAAAAGUACAUAAAAGCAGCUUUCCAACGUUCUAUAGCAUGAAGCAGAGUUAUGGAACUCCUGCUGUACAGCCUGAUUGAAACGGUGCACAGCGGAAUGCAGCGCCACGGUGAAAGCGGAUAAUGGAACGGGGAAGCUAAUUAGCAUAAAAAGCCAGCAUGAAAUUAUGGAAAUGCCUUAAAGAAAAUCAACACGAUCUAUUAGGUGUCCCAGAAGGCUUAUACCUGAAGACAGUGACCACGAAGAAGGGCAGAUCUCCAGUGAACCUGGGUAUGAAUGUUUGUUCAGUCUUUAUUUUUUAUUUUUUUAUUUGAACAACCCUCAGCUAUUUGCUAAUUGUAAGAUUCAGCUUCAUUCCAGCAUUAUUUAUCUUUUUACAAUAAAUAAUUACUUUUGCUAAAACAAAAUUUUUGGUAUAACAGUGUACGGUGUGCAAGAGAAGCACCCAGCCCUUGAGUAUAUAACCCUGUCUGCGUCUCACUGUGUUGUCAGCUCAUUGCUGUUGAUGUCAGCGCUGUUCU